AUGAAUAAGAAGUCAAGAAUAAGACAGAUAUUGGAUAGAAUCAGGCAAGACGUCGUGGGCGUUGUUACGGUGGACGAUAAAUGUGUCAUAGUACCAAUGAAGUCAGAUUCUCAAAGAAUCAUCCAAAUUUCCUACGGAACAAAUGAUUAUGAGUUGGCAUCAUAUAAGCUGAAAAUCGAGGUGAUUCCAACGAAUCUGACAUAA